UUUUCGCUUCUUAAGAAUUGGUCAGAACUGAAGCGACUAGAGGAGGAAUAUUAUAUAUUGGCGAGCUGAAGAUCGAUCUUCCACUCGCUCGGAGAUGGCUCGCAACGGCGUCUCCUUCAUCACCGGAGCUCAGCUUUUGUCCCUCCGGCGCCGCCCCAAUAUCGCCGUUAUCGACGUCAGGGAUGAAGAGAGGAGCUAUGACGGGCACAUACCGGGCUCUCUGCACUUUGCUAGCGACUCCUUCUCCGAUAAGAUCUCCGAUCUCAUUCAGACCGUGAAGCAGAAGGAUACCCUAGUUUUCCACUGCGCUUUAAGCCAGGUUCGUGGACCCACUUGUGCUAGGAGACUGGCCAGUUAUCUUGAGGAGGUGAAGGAGGACGUGGGAAUUAAGGACAUCUUGGUCCUUGAGAGGGGCUUUAAUGGCUGGGAGUCUUCUGGGAGACCUGUAUGCCGCUGCACUGACAUCCCCUGUAAGGCUCAUAACCUAUGAGCCUUGGUCUGGUCCAGUUACUCUCAGGACAUAGAGAUGUUUUGAGAGGCACGAAUCGGUCGAGACCAUUCUUCUCUAUUCUAUUAAAGCUGUCUGAGCUCUGUGACACUGGAUUCUAACCUGUUAUAUUGCAUUGGCACAAUAUAUGUUGUCGAUGAAUUGAGAUUACAUCGUAAUCUUACAGACAGAAAUAGGCGGUGUGCCUUCUAAAGUGGCCGGAAUUAAUCUGCAUUCGCAUGUACUUUAAUGAGAUCCAAGCGAACUUUCGGUUAUUUCUUCUGAUAUCAAAAAAACGUUUUCGCAGCAAA